UGUUGGUAGGUCGCUUUCGCUCGCGGUCCCGGUGAAACUAAGUACAGACUUUCUUAGCGAAUACUACGUUUGGUUGUGUUUUAUGUCGAUAUUUGGGAUCAUUAGACGAAAUCUGUUCUAACCCUGGAUUCUCACAGAAUAUCGAGCGGGCGUUGGUGAACUCGUAGCGCGCUCUGUCGACAUUUACGAGGAACGCUGCGUGCGGGGUGCGCGGGAGGAGAGCUUCUUCCCCUUACUUCAGUUUGCACGACGAUACGAAGCGGGGAACACGUAUUACGGCGCUCCAUAAAAAGGACCGUUCGCGCGCCAACUUUGAACUGUGGACAGUGUUGAACGGAGUGUCGUGUCGAAGAAUGCGAUUUGGAUUGCGGUGCCUCAUUAAUUGGAUGCAGUGACAGGAUCACAUUUAUUGGAUUGCAGUGUUUUUUGGAUUACCACCGAUCAAACUGGGGAUGCACAAGAUGGAGCUAGGCGACAGCGUGUUCGCCGCUGAACGCAUCAUGAAAAGGAGAAUUAGAAAGAACAAGGUGGAGUACUACGUGAAAUGGAAAGGGUGGAAACCGAAGCACAACACGUGGGAACCGGAGGAGAACAUUUUGGAUCCUCGGCUCAUACAGAGUUUCAUGAAAGGCGAGGAGGUCCGACGCCAGGGCCGGAAACGCGAGCGGGAACACUCGUCCGUGGAGCGCGCGCGCAGCGGCUCCGAGGAACGCCACCCUCCGCCCGGGAAGCGCAAAGCUGAAGUCCUCUCUAGGGAGUCGGGCAAGAUCGGCGUGACCAUCACUAUGAGUCCGCCCACAAAGCGCCACGAAUCUAAGUUGAACGGCACAAGAACGCCCCAGGUCAGUCUGCCGCCCCCACCGGCCGCAGCACCGGGCGGCGCCGCUGUUCCUACUUCCCCCGCCGCUGAGGCCGCUGCACCAAGAUCGGGGCCGCGGCGAGCGCCUCACUCACCUGAAGAAGCAGACACGCACACGUCUCCAGAGCGGGAGAGGCGCACUGAAACACAACCAACAGCGACAGCGCCUGCCGAGCCCAAAGGCGCUCGUCCUGCGCCUCAAGCGCCACAACCCGAAGACGAAGAUUCAUGGGGAGAAGCACCAGUGGCGGUGCCCGCGCCGGCAUCGGCUCCGGCUGCCAAGCGAGGUGCUGCAUACUGGAUGGCACGAUCACCGGUAGCAGAUCAAAUUUUCAUAACGGACGUGACAGUCAACCUACAGACGGUUACGAUCACGGAAUGUCGCACGGAGAAGGGUUUCUUCAGGUCUCGCGAGCCCCGACCGCUCGACGCCACAUAAAAAUAAACAAAGUGUUAUAGGGUAAACGAUACUAUUAUUGGCACGCCUCCACUGAUUGGUACUUUGACUUUAAAAUAAGUGUUUAUCUUUAUACAAGCAACAUCGAAUAUCGUUUGAAAAUUUUACUGUUAUUUUCUAAUAUAAUACUUGAUUCGUGUAGAUGAGACGAUCACAAUGAAAGAACAGGAAAACAAAAGGGCUAAAGAAAAAGAAAUAAAACAUUGAGAAGAAAAAUUGAAUUAGAUUGAUGGUUUGAAAAUGACAGUGAAUUGUACUUUAUAGUGCUAAUAUCAUCCUUCAGUGCCAAUGGAUUAUACCAGAACAUUUAGAGUGCCAAUCAUUGUAUAGCUUACCCUGCCUUGAACGUUGUAUAGUAGUUAGCUAGUAUUUAUUUUGUUUUGUUUUAUGACGUGAUAUGAAAGGAUGGGAAGCGAUCCCGGGUCCUAGUGUAGGCCUAAAGAAUGAUGUGACAUCUGAGCUACGUUUGUUGCAUAGUCGAUUGUAGAGAUUCUAUAAAUGACAAUCUGUUGGAAAUGUUACAGAAACAGAGUCACUUUAUAUAAGUCUGUAACGUUUGUAAAAGAUUAUACCUGUGAACUUGACCACCUUAAAACCUACAGAAUACUUAAUGUUGUUGUCAAUUGUUAACAAAUUCUAUAUUUUAUAUGUUAAAUUUAAUAAGAAGAAAAAAUAACUGUACCUAAAGAGAAAUUAUGUGCUAAAAUAUUAUUAUUUCAAAGGUUGAAUGAAGGGUUUUUCACAAAAAAUGUAUUCGGUACCUGCAUUAAUGUUAUGUCUCAAAGUAUACAAAACGACUCCACUAACAAAUAUAAUAUGUUUAUGUACAUAACAAAUUGUAUUUUUAUAAAUGAAUAAAAACCAUAAAAUUAUUCAUUACUACAUUACUCCUAUAGUUUUUAGAGUAAGCGGGCAUUAAGAAGAAUAUUUAAAGUCAUCACAUAGUUUCUACCUGCAUUUUCCCAUAUGAUAAAGCUAUCGAAUCUCUUGAUUUAUGUAACAAUAAAACACCAUAUCCAAUUUCUUGAGUUCCAAAGAGUAACAAUUGUGAAAUUCUGUGAAAUAGAGCAUGAGGAAUUAUUAUUACCUUCAUUGUUUUACUCGCAAUUUAAAAAAAAAUCAACUUUAUAAGAGAACAAUUAUUACAAGCAUUGAAAUGGUAAAAAAAUUAUAGUAAAAUGAUAAAAUAUGCUAAGAAUAAUUGAAAUUUCCUAAUAAUGUCAUCAGAAAAUGUUCCUGACAGUUACUUUUUGGAACCGAAGCAUCCAUUUAAAGUCAGUUUUGAAAUGAAAGCUGUAUUAUAUGGAAUAAGUUUUACCUGAUAUUUGAAUUUAAUAAUAAGACACAUAAAUGUAAGAUUAUUUAUUUAUUUUGUAAAGGUCCUGUCGUGAUAGCAAUGCAUGCAUUGAAGAAAUUUUAGUUUGAAACACUAAAUAAAGGGUAGGCAUUAAAAACAAAAAUAACAAAAGAAGACUCAUAUUGAUUUUGAAACUGUGAAUAUACUGUUGGUUUUAAUACCGAUGUUAGUUCUUUUGUAAAUACGAACUAUAAGUUAUUUUAUGUGAUUGAUUUAUUUUAAAUGGGGAUUCCGAACAUUGUAUUGUUCCUUAAUUGUUGUUUUGUUCCUUUUCUUAGUUAUUAUGAUUUUUAUGAAUAUAGCAUAGUAGGUGUGCGAUAAUGCAUUUUAUGUGAAUGUAAAUAUUGUAAAUAUUUUAUCGGUAGAACAUUUGUUUUGUAAUGUGACUGAUCCCUCACAUUGUAGUCUGUAAAUAAAUGUGAACGAAUUAGA